AUGACGGUCUGCUGCUCGCAAGACGCAGCAGCAGCUGCAGCAAACUCUUCCGUCGAAACCAAAGACAGCAGCAGCUCCGCCGCCACGAGCGGCACUGUGACCGAAGAAACCAGCAGCAGCAGCACGAGUAAGCAUUCAUAA